CAGUAUGUUAAAGAUUUGGGCCUCGACCCUAGUUGUUGGUCCACUCUCAGUCUAACGAAGAAUAGUGAAAUCCCCCGGCCACCACCAGCACGGCAACGUCAGAACAUGAGUCUUACCAUUCUAUUAUUCAACGACAUCGUUCGGAACAUGAGUAUUGUUGGGAAGGCUUUAAAAUGUUCCUUAGCCUCUUUUGGCUCUUUCUAAUAUCUCUCUGCCUUUGGAAAAAAGAAAAAAACGGCAUCAUUCGGUAGCCUGGUAUCAAAAUAGGCAAUUAAGAAGAAGCACUGUUCUUUCAAAGUCGGCAGCAAGCUCAAGCAAAAGAACUGAGAAUCUUUUCUAAUAAAAAGCAGUAUCCAAAUUAUGCUUCAUUGCAAGAUCUCCGUCCAAGAAACUCACUAUGACAUUCUAUCUGUAAAAGAAGAUGCGAGCUAUGAAGAAAUCCGUACAAGCUACAGAUUAUCCCUUCUUAAUCAUCAUCCUGAUAAACUGCAGAGCGCGCAUCGGACAUCUGAUCCUCAAGAUGAGUUAGGAGAUAGAUUUUUGAAAGUGCAGAAAGCUUGGAAAGUCCUUGGCGAUGCAAGAUCACGCGCAAUUUAUGAUAACGAGCUGCGAGCUUUGAGAAAAGAUUCAGGAGUUGCUGAAGAUGUCAGCUUAGAGGAUAUGAUGAUUGAAGAUGGAGGAGAAGCAUUGGAGCUCUUUUACCAGUGUCGCUGUGGCGACUAUUUCUCUGUUGAUUCUUUAGAGUUGGGGAAAAUGGGGUAUAUAUUGUUGAGGGAUGAAAAUAAGAUAUCAUUUGAAACAACAGAUGUUUCCCCAGCUUCAGUUCUUCUUCCUUGCGGUUCUUGUUCUUUACAAGUUCGUCUGUUAAUUAAUGCUGAUAUGAAGCUUCAAAUUGAUGACAAUCUGUAAUUUUUUCAUUUUCAUUAUGUUUUGGCAAUUUGGGCUAAUGAUAUUGCUUUCGCAUAA